GCAGACGGAAAUAGCAUAGUCGACUACAUAUGGAAACAACAGAGGAAAUACAUGAGUCUAUUAUUAUUUUCUGAAUGCGAAGCUGUUAUACUACCCUUGGUGAAAUGAGACCAUGUAAUUGGACAUAUACACAGAUGAUUCUGCGUAUUCUCAACCCUUCCCUUCCGUGGAUUAGUCAUGACUAAAGGCCAGCCUGAGUGGUCCAACAUGGAGAGGAGAAAAUAACACGGGCAUUGGAAAGAGGAGACGAAAACCUUCCAGGCCCCUACAAGUAGACAUAAUCCCCAGUGUGCUACAGAGGGAGACGUAGAAAGUGAGUGCUAGAGAGAGUGAGAGCGAGAGAGGAGGAGGGGAGAGAGAGAGAGAGAAGGACGGUGGGUAGAGAGUGAGUGGAGGGAUAGAAAGAAGAAGCGAGAGUGUGACAAUGGCGUUCCUGGACAACCCCACCAUCAUCCUGGCCCACAUUCGUCAGUCCCACGUGACCAGCGAUGACACGGGCAUGUGCGAAAUGGUGCUCAUAGACCACGAUGUGGACUUGGAGAGGUGCCAGUCCACCGGCCUGUCUGGGGACGGAGGCUCGGCCUUCGGCUCCGGCCAGUUAGGGGACAGCGGGAGCGAGGGCCAGGCCUGCGAUCUCUCCCAGUCCGUGGACAUCACCUCCAGCUGGGACUUUGGAAUCCGCCGGCGCUCCAACACAGCUCAAAGGCUGGAACGACUGAGGAAGGAGAGACAAAACCAGAUCAAGUGCAAAAAUAUCCAGUGGAAGGAAAGAUCCUCUUCCCAGUCAGCGGAAGACUUGGGCUCGCUGUUUGAGAAGAAGGACUUCAAGGAGCGGCCUCGGAGCACGGGCACCAAGUCCACCCUCUCCCUGCGGCUGGAGCAGUGUCCUCAGCAGCUCAACAACCCCUUCAACGAGUACUCCAAAUUCGACGGCAAGGGCCAUGUAGGUACCACAGCAACCAAAAAAAUUGACGUCUACCUCUCGAUGCAGUCGGUUCAAGAAAAGGUGCACCCCAUGACGGUGGUCACCAUGGCGAAUGCACGGGUUCACGACCUCAUUGGUCUGAUCUGCUGGCAGUACACCAGCGAGGGGCGGGAACCCAAGCUCAACGAGAACGUGAAUGCCUACUGCCUGCACAUCGCCGAGGACGACGGGGAGGUGGACACGGACUUCCCCCCACUGGACUCCAACGAGCCCAUCCACAAGUUCGGCUUCAGCACACUGGCCCUGGUCGAGAAGUACUCCUCCCCCGGCCUGGCCGCCAAGCAGUCGCUGUUUGUGAGAAUAAAUGCGGCGCAUGGUUUCUCUCUGAUCCCAGUGGACAGCCUGAAGGUGACCAUGAAGGAGAUCCUGCAGAGGGCCUUGAAGAAGAGGAAGGGCUCCCAGAAAGGCUCAGGUCCCCUGUACAGGUUGGAGAAGCAGGCGGAGCCCAACGUGGCGGUGGACCUGGACAGCACACUAGAGAGCCAGAGCACACUGGAGUUCUGCCUCGUCCGAGAAAACAGCUCGAGAGGUGAGGAGAGCUCAGAGGAGGACCCUCCCAUAGACAUCACCACCGUGCAGGACAUGCUGAGUAGCCACCACUACAAGUCCUUCAAGAUCAGCAUGAUCCACAAGCUGCGCUUCACGACGGACGUACAGCUGGGCAUCUCGGGAGAGAAGGUGGAGAUCGACCCGGUCACCAAUCAGAAGACGAGCACCAAGUUCUGGAUCCGACAGAAGCCCAUCUCCAUCGACUCUGAUCUGCUGUGUGCCUGCGACCUGGUGGAAGAGAAGAGCCCAAGUCAUGCAAUAUUCAAACUCACAUAUCUCAGCAAUCACGACUACAAGGCUCUCUACUUCGAGUCUGAUGCUGCUACAGUCAACGAGAUCGUGCUCAAGGUGAACUACAUCCUAGAGUCCAGGGCCAGCUCGUCGCGCGCCGACUACUUCGCCCAGAAGCAGCGCAAGCUGAGCCGCCGCACCAGCUUCAGCUUCCAAAAGGACAAGAAGUCGGGCCAGUAGCUGAGCGGAACAUAUACACCAGUGGCCUCCGCGUCAGCGUCUGCAUCAGCCCCGCGCAGCUGCAAGGCCACGAGGAAGAGGAAGAGCGGACGGACAGGAGAGGAGAGGCUGGUGACGAGAAACCAACACACGAGACUGAAAGAUUUAGUGAGGGGAGGUCGAGAAGGAGAAGAGAAGAGGGGGGGAUGGGAGGAAAAGGAGGAAUAAAGAGGGCUGGGGAAGAGGGAGUGCGGGGAAAACUAUAGAGAGGUUGAAAUGAUGGAAGAGAAAUUAAGCGUGAAGGGAACGUUGGAAAAAGGAGCACAGGAAUGAAAGAGAGGGUUGAGAAAGGACGGACGGAAUGAUGAGAGGAAAUUUGGUUGGAGGAGGUGGCGGGGGAUGAUAAAGAAAAUGUGUUGGGCCUUUUUGUGGCUCCUGGCAUUGAGCCGCUCGUCAGCCAUAUCAGAAUAACCAAACUCUUCCUGUUGACGCCUGUCGUUGACAAACAAACUGACAUGACGCGAACGAAACAACGGGCGAAUCCUCAACCAGUGAGGAACAAGCAAAAACAAACAAACAAAAAAAAAUUGUUAUUCGCACUAAUGUUUGGUUGGGGUUGAGAGGUAGAGGAGGGCGGAGGGGGGUUGUCAAUACCAAGUAAAUCUGCAAAUCCUAAUUUCAUCCACUGCCUGCUAAUGAACUGUAUGAAAAAAUGUGUAUCAAAUAUGCGAGAAGGUAAUAUAUAGUAAAAAAAAAAAAAAAAAAAGUCAAAGCUGCGAUGAGUGUGAAAAUUGUACUGACUCCCCCGCUUCAACCCAUAUAUGUAUCACAAACAUUAAACUCUAUCAGACUGGUGGUGUACAUUGAUAUGUAAAGGGAACAUCCUUGCAUUAAACAAACACAUGUAAAUAGCAACUGCAUUCAGGGUAACACGAUAAGACUAAAACCUGUUCUGGCCAUAGUGACUUCAGUGCCUGAUACCGUUCAAGUAAAGCGACACUUAGGUUCUGUGGGGUGUGAGGGGUUUUAAACGAUGAAUUUCAAUCAAGGCAUUUCCACAACAGAGGUAGAGAUCAACCGCGAAACCUCACUUUUUAACAGUGUGUGGAGGUGGGACAAGGAAGGCAACGGAGAGAUAACCAAUUUUUUUUUUUUUUUUUUUUUUUUUUUUUUUUUUUAAAUGAUCAAACAAAAAUGAAAUUAUUACGUGUACUUUUUACUGUGAUCUAUUAAUGUUUUUUUUUUUUCUCUGUGCAUUGUAUCUAUGGACUGUAAUAUAUCGAACCAAGCACUGUCUGUUAAACAGAUGAUAAAAUGUUUGUUCCGACUGUCCUAUUGGGCUGCAAUUAGGGAAUGUAUGACAUUUUUACUGCAUUGUGUGUCUCUCAGUGUUUCAAAGCGAUAACGUGUGUUUAUGCUCUGCUGGUUCUCUGCCUCGGGAUGUUGAUUUUUCUUUUCUCUUUUGCUUUCACUUUCGUCUCUGUUUCCUAACAACAGGGACCCACAAACAAUGUAACCAACUCCAAAAGCUGCUGUCUAAAUGGAUUCAGGGUGUGUGUUCAGAUCCAAACCGUGUUCCGACUCAGGUCUCCUACUGCCAUGUUAUGCUGACUGACUUUAGAGGAUUGUUUUUUUUUAAGUUUAUUUUUUUCCUCUUCCCUCUGUGUGAGUGGAAAGAAUAUGUUGUACUCAGUGCAGCCACGCCACAGUAUUGACAGAUUGAUUCUGCUGGAAGAAGUACUCCCAGUCUGGGGACUCAACAGUGAACGAUAUUAAAAACAAAAGACAUUUCAAAUGAAACUUUAUUUAUAGUGUGGAAGGCUACGAUGGACUGGUGCUUGUCAUGCACCCUACGGAAUCGACUUUAUUUGCUACAGUACAUAUAUACUGUAUAUAAGUAGAUUUUCUAAUUAAAGAAUGAACUUGA